AUGAGUGGUGUGAAUGGUGGACUGGAUGCACCAGCAAGACCACCGAAUUCAAAUAGUGGAGGAAAAAAUACCGAUACGGAAAUGAUACAACUAGAAUCCGACAGGCCUUAUGAAUGCGAUUGGACUGAAUGCGGCAACGUUACCGAUCAGCCGGUAAAUUUCGAUAAUUACCGACGGUUUACCGAAAUAAUUUUACGGAGUCAUACAGAACAAUCAUGGACGUGUCAGGACUGUAUGUCAGGGAUGCAUAAGGAAUGCAAAGAAUCCAUUUGGUAUCUGCUUGGAACAUAUCAGAAAUUAUGA